AUGGCGAAGACACCAACUCCUGUCGCCAAAGAUGUCAACCCUAGCAGCGAAGACACCCUCACUGGCGGUAAAUAUUCAAACUCUGGCAGCAAGACAACUGCCAAAGAACUAAUGAAGAUGUUUCUCGAUGAGGUGCGGGAUUCACUGCACCAAGCCUGCACGCUUGCAAAAGAACCCGCUCCCAGGUGGCCCAGCAUUGUGGAACACUUAAAUCGAGCGGUUUUGCGCGUGCGAAUGCUGGAAUCGGUCUACUUACCCACGGUCCACGAGCUUCACCAGGAACAGCGAGAAUUGAGGGAUACUUGGGAGUACUUCAUGCAGCUCAAAAACGAAACCAUAAAACACCUAAGCUGGCUUGAGGACCCACUAGAUCCAUCAACCAAACUGGCAAAAAUAACUGAUCCGCAAGACUUUGGUCGCCUUGUCGAGGCACGGUUCCGAGCCAUGAACGACCAAGUAGACACUCUUUCAAAGGAAAAGACCGAGCUAGAAGCGAGAUUCGGGGUUGUAGUGACAAAUCAUAAUCUUCAGCUUGACUGCGCAGAAAAAUCGGCAACCGAAACGAAGCGUGUUUUAAAGGACAAUGACCGCCUGAAGGCCGCUAAGAAAGAUCUAGAAACGAAACUCGAGGACCAGAAGAACGCCACGAUACGAGCGGAAGAUGCGAGAGAUGUCCUCUCAAAGGAAAAUAUGGACCUGGAACGGGAACUUGCUCGUUUGCGAGUGGCUUAUCCCGCUCAGCAGGAAGUCGCAAGACAAGCGCAACGUGAGAAAGACGCCGCUUUAGAGAAAGUUGUCGAUCUGAGAGAGCAACUCGAGGCUUUACAGAGAGAGUUUUCUUCUCAGGUAAACGCCAAGGUUCAAGCAGAAAAGGACAGAUCCGCGCUCUCUCAUGACUUAACAAAGAUAAUUAGCAAUCUAGAGGCAGAGCUCAGUACCAAGACUGACAGCAUUGAGCACCUCCAAAGGAAUCAUGACGAGCUCGCGGAGGAGAAGAAGUCUUACGAAGAGAGGCUUGCGACUUUAGAAGACCAACUUCGUGUCAAGACGGAAAACGCCAUCGUGGCCUCCCACAUGGAGACCACGAUUAAGACUUGGCAGGACAAACAUAGCCAGGCAAGGCAACGCCUGGAGGACAAGGAGCUUGAAAUAAUGCGUUUGCAAGACGAAAUUGCCCAGGCCGAACAACGGUUGAAGGAAAGGGAGCUGGAAAUAGCACGUCUACAGGACGAUUUAGCCCUAACCAAACAAACGGUGACCGAGUUACCGAGCGACCUUCAUGAUCGUGAAGGCAACCUCAAAGAAAAGGUGCAGCAAUUGCGAGCUCGCACAGAGCGCGCCGAGCUCCGAGCUGGCAAGUGCACCUCCGCACUGACAGAGCAACAGAAGCAGGCCGAAGCGGCGCGCGAAAAGUGUGAGCAAGCCAGGACCGACGCAACAGAUCUACGCCUGAAAAGCAACCGGGACGACGAGAAGAUCCGGAUUUUGAACAGACAGGCAACUGAUCUAUCGGAAGACAUGAAUCGGUGGAUCACAAGAAAAGCUGACUUACUCAACGACGUGCGCAGUUUGAACUCAAACUCCGAUGAGCAGCAAAACGGCUCCUCUCUAGAGGUCUCUGUCCCUCGCCCGCCCGAUGCUGGAAUACAGACGAAGCCGGAGGAAUUGAAUAACAGUAGCCAUCUCCAAAAUUUGCCGCAAAACGGAGUAUGCAAAUCCCGCUUCCUCGCCGCGAUGUCGCCCAACCCGUCGAGGAUGCCAUUACCGUCGAAGAGAGGGUCGAUCGACGCCAACAUACCCAACGACCGUAAUCUGCGAGAUCGCAAACGACCUCGACAGAGUUCCCAGUGA